AGUGUUGCUGCACGCGAGCGUUAGUGUAGCUCAUGAAUAUUCACGAAGCGGAUAGAUACUGGAGCGUGACGUUACGGCUCGGGUCUGAUAUGAUUUCUGGAGUCUGAUGUGGACGAAUAUGAAUGUGAUGAGGAUUGUGUCGAGUGGAUGAUGUAGUUGAUUUCUGACGGAUGAUAAACGGAUAAAUGUGAAUUAAUCAUGUUCAUGAGCCGAUGAUGGAGAAAGAAGAAACUGAUCGGAGAACAGCAGAGAUCUAAGCUGUGAUCUGAGCGCAGGAGGGAAGAUGGUGUUUCUUCUGUCUGUGGAGGGUGUACAGCCCUCUUUCCACUCAUCCCUCGUCUUCUACCCCACCAUCAACCACUCUGACAGAAACGAUUCGUCCACCCCGCCCGCUGCCGUCCUCUGCCGUCUGGAUGGCCCGUCCUCCUCUUCCUCGCAGAUCAAUGGCUCUCUGACCUCAUACGAUCUGAGCCCUGCUGAGGUGAUGCUUCUCGGGCUGAUCUUUGGCAUCUUCUGGGUGAUAUCAGUUCUGGGCAACUCUCUGGUUUGUCUGGUGAUCCAUCGCAGUCGCAGAACCCAAUCCACUACCAACUAUUUUGUGGUGUCGAUGGCUUGCGCGGAUCUGUUGUUGAGUCUGGCGUGCGCUCCCUUCAUUCUGCUGCAGGUGUCUGCGGGUCACUGGCCUCUGACCGUUGGCGCGUGCAAAGCUGUGCGUUACCUGCAGCAUUUGUGCCCCGGUGUUCAAGUCUACGUGCUUCUGUCCAUCUGCGUCGACCGUUUCUACACCAUCGUGUACCCUUUGAGCUUCAAAGUGUCACGCGAGAAGGCCAAACGGAUGAUUCUGGCAUCUUGGCUCUUCGACGCUGCUUUCGUGUCUCCGUGCCUGUUCUUCUACGGAUCUACGCCGUCUCCGGACCACUGUGACUUUUUCCUGCCCCACUCCUGGGACGGGGUGGCGUACGCGGUGGUUCAUCUGCUCUUCGGGUUCCUGGUGCCGGCGCUUCUCAUCGUGUCUUUCUACCAGAGGGUGGUCCGAUACAUCUGGAGGAUCGGCACGGACGGUCGCACGGUACGCAGAACCAUGAACAUCGUCCCCAGAACUAAAGUCAAAACCAUCAAGAUGUUCCUGAUGCUCAACGUGAUGUUUCUUCUCAGCUCGAUGCCGUUUUACGUAGCUCAGCUCUGGCAUCCCGCAGCCGUGUCAGGCCCCAGCAGACAGGGGGCGCUGUUUUUCAUCGCCGUGGUCUGGAUCUCCUUCAGCUCCACGGCUUGCAAGCCCACGCUCUACUCCGUGUACAACGCCAACUUCAGACGUGGCAUGCGGGAAACUUUCUGCAUGUCCUCCAUGAAGUGUUACCGUAGUAACGCGUACACCAUCACGGCAAGCUCGCGAAUAGCUAAAAAGAACUACGUCGGGGUGGUUGAUAUUCCUGUGCCGGAAAAGACCCUCAUCAAAGACUCGGUUUAUGACACUUUUGACCGAGAAGCAAAGGAGAAGAAAUUAGCCUGGCCUAUCAGCACCAACCCACCAAACACUUUUGUAUAAAGAGUCUCGCACACGGGCUCAUGUUCAUGUUCUGUGUGUGUUUGUGUCAUCAUUACAGAGUUUAAGAUUGUUGACAUGGGAUGAGAAUUAAGUUUCACUGACAUGAGCGAGUCAGACUAAAGAAAUUCACAAAAUCCAUCGAUACUUUUGUUUGUGCUCUUUGUGAUGUAAGUUCCUGGAGGUUGACGUCAUCAAGAAACACUAUUCACCCUUUUAUAUAUUAACAAUAUUCAGAAGAAAACAUCUGAAGUAUGAAUUGUUGAAUGCCAUUUUUGUGUCAGUGAAAUAAUUUCAUGUUCACUUCAUCAGGAUAUUGCUAGAAAAUCAUUUCCAUAAUUUACGUUUUAUAAUGUACAUGUAGACGGCAUAAUAGAAACAAUCCAGUAUCACUUGGUGCUAACAGAUGAUGAUGGAGAAUACACAAACAUCCUCAUAAUCCUGAAAGCUCUUGUUCUGUGGUUUUCUAAUGGUCUGGUAUGUGUUAAUGUAAGACACACACACACACGUCUGGUUUACUAUCUCCGUGGAGACAGUCCAUAGGCGUAAUGUUUUGUAUACUGUACAAACGGUAUAUUCUAUCCCCUAUCCCUAAACCUAAAGAUCAUAGAACACUUUUUGCAUUUUUAGAUUUUUAAAAAAUAUUGUUCUGUACAAUUUAUAAGCUUUUUUGCCACGGUGACACGAGUCCCCAUGUGUUGGUGUGCAUUCAGGUUUAGGUCCCCACCGCGAUAUACAAACAUGAACACACACACACACACGUGUUUUUGUGCCUGUAGUUACAGAUCAGCUGUUUCUCAUUGUUAUCUGUGAUGUUUAUGAUGCAGACAAUGUCAUUUUACAAUUAAACUUUCUGAAUAUCUGACAUCUGUUGUU